ACUAGAAAAGUUACUAAAUUGGAAGCGAUGACAAAAUACUAUUCACCUUACAAACUUCUUGUUGGGAUAUAUUCCUGAUUCGUCAGUUACACAGACCACACUGUGGUCUGUGGUCAGUUAUAUAGAACUAUACAAUAGGCACAUAAAGAAAAUAAUCUGUUAGAUGUUCUUAUUUUUGUGGUCUUUAGUGACAGGUUAACUUCAUAAUUAAUUGUAGUUGUAAAUUGUUUACGGGAAGAAUGUUUGGUAACAACUGUAAUGUUUAUGCUGUAUUAAGAUUCACAUCAUAAAUUAUUUUACAUAUAAAGAAAAUUAUUAAAAAAUAGAAACUACAAAUGUGUGUCAAGUGUUAAAUAGUUGCUUUUGAAUAUAUGAAAUGGAAAAUAAUAUGGAAGACAAUGACCUAAUAGUGAGUUCGACGGAAAAUGAAUUAAUUUGUGUAAAACAGGAGAAUAGUGACGAUCUUGAAUUGGGAAUAGAUCAAACUAGCUUCAAAGAAGAAAUCAAUAUUUUUAAAGAGAAUGUGGAGAAAGAUUUUGUUGCAAAACCAAUUCCACAAACUUCAAGUGUUUUAAUUGAAAAUACUCAAUAUAUCAAAGAAGAUUUGGAUAAAAAAACAAUUUUGCCUGUAUGGGGUGCUUUAAUAGAAAAUACGCAUAGUAUUAAACAAGAGGAAAAUGAUUUAAUUACCGAUUUCGUGAAUGAAUAUAAUGUUCAAUAUAAAUCAGAUUGCAAUUACUUUGAUGAACAGUAUCGAAGAAAUGAAAACAAAAGGAAAUAUAGCGGGCCAAUUAAAUUUAGAGGAAAAUUAUUCGAUGGAAAAUAUUUGAGUAAACAUGAUAAGUUUAAUGGGAUUUUUGUGUGUCAAGGAUGUGGAAAUAUGUAUGUAAAAAUGGAGGAAUAUCAUCUACAUAUUUCAACAAAACAUUUUGUGAAAACUAAAAAGAAAGUUGUUGAUAAAACGCAAUUAAUAUCGACUGUUUCAAUUAAAAAAGAAAUCGAUUUUGAUAAUACUCCAUUCAAAUGUAAUAUUUGCUCUAAAACUUUCGAGCAACCAAAUAAUUUGAGUAUACACUUGUGUCAACACACUGAGAAAAAUUCUUUCAAAUGUGAAAUUUGUUCUAAAUAUUUUCCAAGUAAAUAUAAUUUGAAAAGGCAUAAACGAUGGCACACAAUUGAUAAACCGUAUGAAUGUGAUGUCUGUUCGAAAUUAUUCAUCUAUAAAUUUCUAUUGACACAUCAUUUACGUCAGCACACGGGGGAAAAACCUUACAAAUGUGAUAAAUGUACAAAAUCCUAUGCACAUAAAGAAUCGUUGGUAUACCAUUCACGUACACACACGGGCGAAAGACCUUAUAAAUGUGACAUUUGUUCAGAAUCAUUCAAAACAAAAUUUUCUUUAAAUACUCAUUCACACAUUCACACUGGUAAAAAACCGUUUAAUUGUGAAAUUUGUUCAAAAUCCUUCGCAUACAAGGAAUCGUUGGUAUAUCAUUUACGUACACACACAGGAGAGAGACCUUUCAAAUGUGAUAUCUGUUCGAAAUCCUUUCCUGCUAAGAGCACUUUACAGAAACAUAAGACAUGUCACACAGACGAAAGACCGUUCAAAUGUGACGUUUGUUCGAAAACAUUCAAAUUAAAAUCGUCCUUAAACGUUCAUUUGCAGAUUCACACUGGAAAAAAACCUUUUGAUUGUAAAAUUUGUUCCAAAGCUUUUGGCGACAAAAAAAAUUUAAAGGCGCAUAUAGGUAUCCACAUAGGAGAAAAACCGUUUAAAUGUGACAAAUGUCUAAAAUCGUUUUUAUGUAAAAGCCAUUUGAAAUCGCAUACGCGUUUCCAUACAAGGGAAAAUUUGUACGAAUGUGAUAUUUGUUCAAAAUCGUAUGCAUAUAAGGAAUCCUUAAUAUAUCAUUUACGUACACACAGAGGGGAAAAACCUUUCAAAUGUGAAAUUUGUUUGAAAUCUUAUACCCAAAAACAGUUGUACAUUCGUCACUUGCGUGGGCACACGGGGGAAAAACCUUUCAAAUGUGAUAAUUGUUCAAAAUCUUAUGCACAUAAAGAAUCAUUAAUAUAUCACUUACGUACACACAAAAAAGAAAAACCUUUCAAAUGUGACAUAUGUUCAAAAACCUAUGCACAUAAAGAAUCAUUAAAGUAUCAUUUAAAUACACACACGGGGGAAAGACCAUAUAAAUGUGACAUUUGUUCGAAAUCCUAUACACAUAAAGAAUCGUUAAUAUAUCAUUCACGUACACAUACAGAAGAAACACCAUUCAAAUAUGAAAUUUGUUCAAAAUCCCUUCCUGGUGAAAGCACUACACAAAAACAUGAAAAAUGUCACACAGAUGAAAGUCCAUAUAAAUGUGAUGUUUGUUUGGUAACCUUCAAAGCGAAAUAUUCCCUAAACAAACAUUCCCAGAUUCACUCUAAUCAGAAACUGUUUAAUUGUGAAAUUUGUUCAAAAUCUUUCCCACAAAAAAACAGUCUAACAUCACAUAUGCUUAUCCAUGUAGGGGAAAAACCGUUUAAAUGUGAAGUUUGUUCAAAAUCUUUUACCCGAAAACGUUUAUUCAUAUUUCACUUACGUAGGCACAUGGGAGAAAAACCUUUCAAAUGUGAUAUUUGUUCUAAAUCGUACGCACAUAAAAAAUCGUUAAUAAAUCAUUUACUCACACACAAGGAGGAAAAUCCUUUCAAAUGUGACAUUUGUUCAAAAACCUAUGCGUAUAAAGAAUCAUUGGUACACCAUUUAAAUACACACACGGAGGAAAGACAGUAUCAAUGUGAAAUUUGUUCGAAAUCGUUUCUACUUAAAAAUAGUUUAAAACAACAUAUGCAAUGUCACGCACAUAAAUGUGAAAUUUGUUCGGAAACUUUUAAAACAAUGUCUAACCUAAACAGUCAUUUGCUUUCGCAUAAUGAAAAUAACCCCUUUAAAUGCGACAUUUGCUUGCAAGAUUUUUCUCAGAAACGAUCCCCGAGUAGCUAUUUGCGCUUCCACAUUUGUGAAAAACCCAUUAAAUGUGAAGAUCAAUCCGACUCUAAAUAAAUCCGAACAAGUAAUGAAAUUUAGUAUCGAAAACCAGAAGAGUGGUCUCACUAAGCCCUUUCCUGGACAACUUGUUUACUAUCCCUAUCCAUUCCCAUAAUUUCAAAUUUCUCGCCCCCCCCCUAGCUUCCCUUAUUCUUUCCCAACCCAUCAAACUAUGGGCGCUAGUGUUAGGGUCGAGAAUAGCCAAGAGGUAACACAAUAAACAAACAUAUGUACACAUAUACCAUCAAAACAUAUGCACAAAACGUAAAAUUAAACUUUCGCGUGCGCUUAAUCUCUAGGAGUAGCCAACUUAAUUAAAAAGAUUUUUGUUAUAAAUAAAAUUGCCUUGGCAGUCAACGUGUUAAAUAAAUUGUACUUACGGUUUUUUCCAAAAAAAAAAAAAAAUAGAACCAACACAAAUAUUUCAUACUAUUUUAGAAACACCGUAUAAUUAUUAAUUCUGAUAUAAAUUUAUAUCCAUUUAAUCAAAUUCUUCACUUUAUAGGUAAUUUAAUUGUGUGUUAUUCUAUAAAUAUUUUAUGGAAUAUGUUCCAUAUUAUAACUCUUUCUAGUUAUUAAGUUUUAGUUCUUGUACUUCUUGAUCCUGAGUAGAAAUAAAAUAUUAUUCACUA